AUGGGCAAGUGGCGUUAUGGCGUCGUCCUGGACGCUGGAUCUUCUGGGACCCGUGUCCACGUUUAUCGUUGGUUGCGCAAUGCGGCUGCUCGCAAGAAGGGCGAUGUGAAUGACUUGAAAUCGCUUCCUGAGAUCAAAACUAAGGAGGAAUGGGUGAAGAAGAUUCAUCCCGGUGAGCACCGCCGUGAAAAGCGACAACCAUUGCGACAUGUACUGACUCUGCGCCUGUCUCCAGGUGUUUCUUCCUUCGCCGAUCGACCCGAGUCCGUCGGAUCCGAGCAUCUGGCCGAGCUCUUGGACCAUGCGAAGAGCAUUGUUCCUCUGGAGGAUGCCAGGGACACCCCGAUAUUCCUCCUCGCGACGGCGGGCAUGAGACUCCUGGGAAAUCUUGAGCGACAAUUUCUUCUCGAUCAGAUAUGCAGCUAUGCUCGAGCGAAUUCCGAUUUUCUACUCCCCGAUUGCGGCGUUCAUAUCCAGGUGAUUCCGGGCGUGACGGAAGGACUGUAUGGAUGGAUUGCGACCAACUAUCUCAUGGAAACCUUCGACGCGCCAGAGAAACACGACCAUGGCAAAGGACACCACACCUACGGCUUCUUGGAUAUGGGAGGUGCAUCGGCUCAGAUUGCGUUCGCGCCAAACGCCACGGAAACGGAGAAGCACGCCAAUGACUUAACCCUUCUUCGUCUACGGAAUAUCGAUGGCUCUGUUCAGGAACACCGAGUCUUUGUCACUUCAUGGCUGGAAUUUGGUGUAAACGAAGCUCGACGUCGGUAUGUGGAGGCAUUGCAGGCUGCGGCGGGCCCCGAGGUCCAAGAGCUGCCAGACCCCUGUCUACCAGCGGGUUUGCGUACUACCUUGGACGGAAAGGAUAUUGCUCCUGUUAGCACUGCGAGGCCUACUUUGUUGGGUACGGGUCAGUUUGACGAGUGUCUGCGUCAGACUUUCCCCUUGCUGGACAAGGAUGCUCCCUGCUCGGAUUAUCCUUGUCUUCUCCAUGGCAUCCAUGUUCCGGCCAUCGACUUUGAUGUGAACCACUUCAUCGGCAUCAGCGAGUACUGGCACACGACUCACGAAAUCUUUGAAAUUGGAUACAAGGAUAAGGCCUACGACUUCAACACAUAUCAGGAAUGGGUCAAGAUCUUUUGUUCGCAGGAUUGGGCCUCGAUUGAAGAUGGCAUUCAUGAGUACAAAUGGGGCAAAAAAGUCGACCAACAAAAGGCCAACGAGGUGUGCUUCAAGGCAUCGUGGAUCAUCAAUAUGUUGCACGAUGGUAUCGGAGUGCCUCGGGUUGGUCUGGAAGACACAUCUGGUUCGCUUCACAAUGGAACCAAGGAAGUCCUGGCCCACGGCAAGGAGAAGGGCUAUCUGGAUGCGUUCCAACCUGUAAACAAGAUCGACUCGACUGAAGUGAGCUGGACGUUGGGCAAGAUUGUUCUUUACGCUUCUUCGCAGGUCCCUGCGGAAGUGGAGGCUUUGCCUGUUGGUUUUGGCAGCAAUGUCCCUGGUGUACCUCCUGACUUCCAGUAUCCCAGUGUGGAACUGCUCCCGGAUACGGAAGGUUUCCACAGCGAACACUGGCAUGAUGCGCUACUCCCCCGCCGCAUUCCGGGCAUCCUCUUGUUUCUGUUCAUCGUUGUGCUGGCGUGCUUCUUCCUGUGUGGCCGUAACCGUCGGUCACGGGUCUACCUGCAGAUCAACAACCUGCUUCGCCGUGGUGGACCAUCUCAUCCCAAUCACCCGAAGAAGCGCAAAGGAAUUUCAGCUAUGCUGCCUUUCCUGAACCGCAAUGCUCCUUCUUACGAGCGCGUCAUGGAAGAGGGCGCGCAGGAUUUUGAACUCGGUUUGACCGACUCCGACGGCAGUGACGUGGAUGGUGGCCGUCCUUCGGAGGCCGACUCGAUUGGUAUGCGGCCACCGCAGCGAGCCUCCAGUUGGGGUAGCAAUAGCAACCCUCCCGGCUUGAAAUAUACCUUCGAUAACAGUUCAUCGGGCACCAUUGGUUUGGGGAUCAGCGGCGGUUCGGGAAUUGCCAUGGAUCGUGCAGGCUUGGUGGUCAGGACCGAAAGCAGGGACCAUCUGGCUCCCAUCGCGUUAGGGCCCACUACUAAUGGCCGUCGGUCCAGAGCUGGCAGUCCCACACGCUCUCACCAUCAAAAAUCACCAAGCAUGACUCCCCUCACCGAUGACUAA